AUGAAAGAAACUUCAAUCAUAUCCGACGACGUUAAUUAUGUUGUGUCUGAAAAAAAUGAUGAGUCUGAAAAGAUAGCUACUGAUAAGGAAACGUCAGAACAGACUAAAACUAUUCGUCGUUGUUAUAAUCCUCCGAAACUGCUACAGGCUAGUCAACAAAUGAUUGAAGCUUUUCAAACAAUAAUGCUAUUAACCGAAAGACUGACGGAGAAGAUAAAUGUGACAUUUUUAGAAAACUUAUAG